AUGGGUUACAAAAAAACUGCUAUCUUAUCCGUUUACGAUAAAACCGGAUUGUUGGAUUUGGCCAAAGGUUUAGCCGCUGCUGAUGUCAGAAUCUUAGCAUCUGGAGGUACCGCCAAGUUGGUUCGUGAAGCUGGCUUCCCUGUCCAAGAUGUUUCCUCUAUUACACAUGCUCCUGAAAUGUUGGGCGGCAGAGUUAAAACAUUGCACCCUGCUAUUCAUGGUGGUAUUUUGGCUAGAAAUCUCGAAAGCGACGAGGCUGACUUGGCUGCUCAAGGCAUUGAGAAGGUGGAUUUUGUUGUUUGCAACUUGUACCCUUUCAAGGAAACUGUCUCCAAGGUUGCUGUCACUAUUGAUGAAGCCGUCGAAGAAAUUGACAUUGGUGGUGUCACCUUGUUGAGAGCUGCUGCCAAGAACCACGCUAGAGUCACAAUCUUGUCCGACCCUCAAGACUACGCUCAUUUCUUGGAAGAGUUAAAGAGAGGUGAGAUUUCCAAGGAAACCAGAAACAGAUUGGCAUUGAAGGCUUUUGAACACACUGCUGACUACGAUGUUGCCAUUUCAGACUUUUUCAGAAAGCAAUACUCGGAGAAUGUGUCUCAAUUGCCAUUGAGAUACGGUGCUAACCCUCACCAAAAGCCAGCUCAAGCUUUUGUUUCUCAAGGUGUCUUGCCCUUUGAAGUCUUGUCAGGAUCUCCUGGUUACAUCAACUUAUUGGAUGCUUUGAACUCUUGGCCUUUGGUCAAGGAAUUGUCGGCUUCCUUGAACUUGCCAGCAGCUGCAUCUUUCAAGCACGUUUCUCCAGCUGGUGCUGCUGUUGGUUUGCCAUUGUCGGACGUUGAGAAGAAGAUCUACUUCGUCGAAGAUAUUGAGAACUUAUCUCCAUUGGCCAACGCUUAUGCCAGAGCGAGAGGUGCUGACAGAAUGUCUUCUUUCGGUGACUGGAUCGCUUUGUCCAACAUUGUUGAUGUUCCAACUGCACAGAUCAUUUCCAAGGAAGUCUCUGAUGGUGUCAUUGCUCCAGGUUACUCUGCCGAAGCGUUGGAGAUCUUGAAGAAGAAAAAGAAUGGAAAGUACUGCAUUUUGAAAAUUGACCCUAACUUCACGCCCGACGCCAUUGAGUCGAGACAAGUGUAUGGUAUCACCUUGCAACAAAAGAGAAACGAUGCUAUCAUCAAGGGUUCGUCUUUCAAGGAAAUUGUUUCCAAGAACAAAGACUUGACCGAACAAGGUGUCAUUGACUUGACCGUGGCCACCAUUGCUUUGAAGUACACACAAUCUAACUCGGUGUGCUACGCCAAGAAUGGUAUGGUCAUUGGUUUGGGCGCCGGCCAGCAAUCCAGAAUCCACUGUACCAGAUUGGCCGGUGACAAGGCUGACAACUGGUGGUUUAGACAACACCCAAGAGUCUUAGGUUUCAAGUGGGCCAAGGGUGUUAAGAGACCAGAGAAGUCCAACGCCAUUGACUUGUAUGUUUCUAACCAAAUACCUACCACCGAGCCAGAAAAGAGUGAGUACUUGAGCAAAUUUGCUGAGGUGCCUGAACCUUUGACCGCUGAAGAAAGAGCUGAGUGGUUGUCCAAGUUGAACAACGUUGCUUUGUCUUCUGACGCUUUCUUCCCAUUCCCAGACAAUGUUUACAGAGCUGCCAAGUCUGGUGUCAAGUUCAUCGCUGCUCCAUCUGGUUCUGUCAUGGACAAGGCUGUUUUUUCUGCGGCUGACUCUAAUGACAUGGUGUAUGUUGAAAACCCAAUCCGUUUGUUCCACCACUAA